UGGUGGAGUGACGUCAAUGGUCAAUGGUCAAAACUCGAUUCUCAAUAAUCUGGUCUAGUGUUCCUCUGAUUUUGUUUCAUUUUUUUUUUCAAUAGAGUAUAGAGAGUUUUGAUUCGGGUACGAAAGGAGUGAAGGCUUUGAGUUGAAUCAUCAUCAUCAUGAUAUUUGUGGGUGGGCUUCCCUUUUCUUCCAACUCCUCUUCUUCUUCCUCAGCGCCAUCGUCUCAGUCUCAGCCAAUGAAUUUGUUGAUGGCAUUGAUGGAACACCCCAUUCUAGUGUCUGCCUCACAUUCUUUCAAGUCUAUCCAGGAGAGGAGAGUCUCGGCAUCCAUGGACUCUGACUUAACAAUGUCAUCAAAUAACCCUAAAUAUGUCUACUUAUUCCAGAGAGAAUAUGCUACUGUUGAUCCUGCACUUGUCCAUUACGUUGGCACUGAUGAAGCAACAACAUGUGUGGGUCUUGUCAUUCGGAACCGGGAAAAUGGGAUGACCUCUGUUGCCCAUAUGGAUUCUCCAAAAUUUGUAGAUAUUGGCAUCAUCCAGAUGUUAUCACUAGUUGUUGAUCACAAUUCUCAUGCUGAUUUGGAUGUGCAUUUAGUUGGUGGUUUUGAAGAUGUUUCACCUAAUCAUGCUAAAGGCAUCUGUGGACCAGAGGGAAAUGAAAGAAUGGAUGGUUAUUCCUUUCCUUUGUGUACAAAAAUAGUUGAAACUUUGCAGAAGAGACAGGAAAAUUUUCACGUUCAGACACUCUGUGUUCUUGGACAUAACACCAAAACGGAUUCUCAAGGAAAUGCAUAUCCCAUUUUUAGUGGGUUCCUGGUAGAAUCAUCUACUGGAUCCCUCAUCCCUGCCAGCUUCGAUAGAAAUUCGCAAUGUCCAGAUGAAAUUGUGCGGAGACUUCGAGUCUCUGCUUCAUAUGAAGACCCCAGUUGGCAUGGGAAAUUACUGGAUACUUAUGACACUAAAACUGACCGAUUCAUUAUUGCUCCUUGCAGUUGGACCAUAUGCCUAGUACAAAUUGCUUUGUCACUGCAAAAUCUUUCUGAUUCUGAAAUCCUUUCUACUUGCUCUACUUCACCUUCUGCUGAGGGUCCAGACUUUGUGGAUAAUGAAAGAAGGCUGUGGAACUAUUUGAUUAAACAUCCAGACUGGAAAAAAACUUUUCCCAUGAGGCAACCACGUGUCUUUGAGAGGACAGCUGAUGGAGGCUGGAAACGUGCUGAUUCUCAGCACCUUGUUAAGGAUAUUGGUUACGAAUCAUAGUUCAUAAUGCAAACAACAUUGAAGGUUCCUCUUAGUUUACGUAGCCUACUAGUCUAUGCAAGCUUCUUUUUCUGUUGUAUAAAUCACUGAGUUACGCCAGGCCCUCUUAUGAUUGUACCAGUGAAAGCAUGAGCACAUCUGUAUUGACAAUGUUAUCAGCUUAAGUCUGAGAGACAUUGCUUCAAGAGAGGUAUACACGACAUGUAAAUAACUGGCAAUAUGGAACCAGGGUUAGAAACUGAGGCAAUAUUCCGAUAAUUGUAUUGUCAAUUGUGUCAAUAAACACUGGUGUCAUGCAUUUGCUGCUGUAGCCAUUAAUCACCACUCCAUUUUAAGCAUCUCCGCCUCCCUAAAAAAAUUGUGGAGACAUCCAUGCUUGAUUUUGUGUACUGACAUAUUAUCUCUCUAAUAUUAUAUAAAAUUAUUUCAAA